AUGAAAUUUCUCAAAAAAAAAAAAAAACACUAAUUUCCUGUUUCGCUCUCCGCCCUUUCAAUGGCAAUGAAACCUUCACCGCGGUUACUUUAACUGUCAAAGUUCACUAACGCCGUUACUAUCUUCCGUUUAAUUUAGCCUCCAACAAAUUUCUCCUAUUUUUCAGGUACUCUACAACAUAAUACACACCCUUAUAUCUAUAGAUAUUUAUAUAUCUUCCAAUUGAUAAUUUCAGAUCCAUGUAUCAUUUCCGUUAAUUCCGCUCCAAUUUAGCUUGUAUAGAUAUAGAUAUAGACAUGUGUAUGUAUAGGUGUUUACUUUUGAGUUUAGAGCUAAUUGUUAAAUAGUUUUUUAUUUAGUUUGACUAGAAAUUGUCAAUUUUUAGUCCAUCUAAUUUCCCCCAAUUUUUUAGGGCACAAGUUUUAAUUAGACCCCAAUUUAAUUUAGAAACAAGGAACUAUGCAAAGGCAUCGAAAUCCUGCGAAUGGAUAUCGGUCGAAUCCUAUGGGAAUUGGUGGUGGUGGUGGUGGUGGGGUAGGUCAGGGUUACCGGAAUUAUAACCGUGGUGGGGGCGGUGGGUUCGGGAGGGGACAGCCGCCACAGCCGCGUAGGAUUGAUGUAUUUAUGGAAGCUGGGAAGUUAGCUAGUGAGUAUUUGUUUGCGAAAGGUUUGAUUCCGCCGAGUUCUGGUAGUGGGAAAUGGCAGAUGAAGAAUCAGAUAGGUGGUGGCGAGGGUGAGGGUAGUGGGGUGAAAAGAAAGUUGAGUGAUGAUUUUGGUAGUGAAAUGGGUGGCGGAGAUGGAGAUAGGGCUGUUAGGAGGAGUGUAAAAGACCCUAGGUUGGAAAAGGCGAAAGGUGCACUAGAGAAACAAGGAGAUGGUGAUUCGGCUUCUGGAUCGAUGGAGGAACAGAGGUCUGGGAAAGAUGGUGCUGGUCUGCAGGAGAAGUCGGUAUCUGGGGAUUUAGAAUUAAAAAGUUAUGAUGCGGGUAAGGUGGAAACGACGACGGUUGACCAGAUGGACCAGUCGCCGGAGGAGAAUUCGAGAGUGAUGACCCCGGUUUUGGAUGUUUUACCUAAGGAGAGUGUUGAGUGUGAGGAGACAAGUGAUGGAAAGAAAGUGGAUAUGAGUACGGAUGAUGUGAUAAUGGAUGAUGCUAAACAAGAGUCUGAGGAAACGGUUGUUGUUAAAGAAGACGAGCCCGAGGAGAAUGACACGGAUACUGGAAACGAAAACAGUAGUGAUUUGCUUACGUUAAUCAGGUCUGACAAAGUACCCACCAGGACCCGUUCUUCUGUGACUCUUAAAGGAUCAAAAAGUGACCCAGUUUUGAUUUGUGGAGACGAAAACAAGAACAAAAGUCCGGAUUCUGGAGUACCAGAUAAUCCAAUCUCUUUGCAGGAUGAUAAAAACCAAGGAUUAAACAAAGAACCGAAGUUUGAAGAAACUGUAUCUGAACAGGAUCAAAAGUACAAAUUUGGACAAGGGUUACACUUGAGAUCCCAAUCUUUUCCUCAAAGAUACUCCAUUUCUGAACAAGAUUUAAAUGACAUACAACAUGGGUAUUCUAGAAGCAGCUCUGAUGUAUUGAGUAGAGUCGAAAAACAGCCACUGCAAAUCAAUGAUAGCGCAGAAUUAACUAAGAAACCUCAGGAAUGGACCCCUGCAAAUCCUCAUUCGAAUGAUUACUUGCAUCUUUCCAACUCACGAGGUGACCAGUCAUCUUCUCAAGUGGGUGGGUCAGUAAAGACUGAACCAUGCAAUGAUUUUGCAGAAGAAAAACAGCUUUUUCCCAAUUCUUUCAAGAUAUGUGACCUCAAUUUGAUGGGAGCUUCUGAUGCAAAUGAACAUCGUGAUACCAAACCAGUGAUGGGAUUUUCAUCUAUUGGACAAACAAAGCAAGAGCCAGUCUCAGUUGACUUUGAUUUGACCAUGAAUAGUAAUUACGGUAUAGCCGAAAGGCACUUUAGGCGUGGAGCUGAUGGUAAAGGGGUUGAGAUCAUUGAUUUGGAUUGUGACUCUGUUCAAGAUGACAACAAUAACCCAGAACGAAGGGAUGAAGCUAUAUUUACGGAUCUUGGGAGCUUUCCCGAUAGUAUGCAGAGGGUCAGUGAUAUGCCCCAGGAUGGUUAUGGGCUUAUGAUAUCUGAGUUGCUUGAGGCUGAUAUUCCUAAUUCCACCGUAUCAAGUGAUGUUAAUUCUAUGCAUAAUGAAAUGAGCCUCCAAAAUGAAGAUGGGAUUCUUGCUGAUGAUGAGUCGAUAUAUAUGUCACUGGGAGAGAUACCGAUAAGUUUCGUGCCAGUCUGGGAUCAGCAACCUUCACAGGGAUACAAUAAACGCUACUAGAAUAAUGCAUAUGACAUUCCCAAAAUAUAUUGAUAUGGUAUGCUCAUUUGUAAAACUAAUGCCAUUUUAGUUGGUUUCUUUCGAUCUCCAGACAAUUUUAUGUUUUUUAGUUUGCUUAGUUUCAUAUAUAUAUGGCAUAGCUUACAAUCUGAUUGUUAUACAAGACAAAUAUAAUCUUGGUGAUUUUCGGUUCUUCCCUUUGCUCUUGAAUGGAAGCAUAGUCUUGAUCUUA